CACCACCAUCAGCCGCUUCACUACACUGUAAACUGACCCCGCCCCCUUCGCCUUCCCCUCCUCGCCGCUCGCCGGCCGGCCGGCGCCAUGUCGCCCGUCAAGGCCGAGGACCUGGUGCCGCACCCCUGCAGGGAGCAGUACGCCGAGCUCGACUACUGCAUCACCAGCCCGCCGCCAUGGAUCACCACGGUGGUCGUCGCGUUCCAGCACUACCUGGUCAUGCUCGGCACCACCGUCAUCAUCGCCACCAUCCUCGUCCCCAUCAUGGGCGGCGGCCAUGAGGAGAAGGCGAUCGUGAUCCAGACCAUCCUCUUCCUGGCCGGGAUCAACACGCUCCUGCAGGUGCACUUCGGCACGCGGCUCCCCGCCGUCAUGGGCGGCUCCUUCACCUACAUCUACGCCGCCGUCGCCAUCAUCAUCAGCCCAAGAUACAUCCUCUUCAUCGGCGCCCCUUUCGAGAGGUUUGUGUACACCAUGCGGUCGCUCCAGGGCGCGCUCAUCAUCGCCGGCGUCUUCCAGGCCGUCAUCGGCUUCUUCGGCAUAUGGAGGGUCUUCAUAAGGUUCCUGAGCCCCCUCGCCGCUGUCCCCUUCGUCACGCUCUCCGCGCUCGGCCUCUUCUACUUCGCAUUCCCAGGGGUCGCCAAAUGCAUCGAGAUCGGUCUCCCGACGCUCGUUCUGCUCCUAAUAUUCUCAGAGUACGCGUCCCAUUACUUUGCCAAAGGGAGCUUCGUGUUCGGCCGGUGCGCGGUGCUGGUGACGGUGAUCAUCGUGUGGAUCUUCGCCGAGAUACUGACGGCGGCCGGCGCAUACGACGAGAGGAACCCCGUGACGCAGUUCAGCUGCCGCACCGACAGCUCCGGCCUCAUCCAUGCCGCGCCCUGGGUCAGGUUCCCUUACCCGUUCCAGUGGGGAUACCCCAUCUUCUGCGCGCAAGACUGCUUCGCCAUGAUGGCCGCUUCCUUCGCUUCGCUUAUUGAGUCUACUGGCACACUAAUCGCAGUGUCAAGAUACGCAGGCGCGACAUUCGUCCCGCCUUCAGUUUUCGCUCGUGGAAUUGGCUGGCAGGGUAUAUCUAUCAUACUAGAUGGGAUGUGCGGUACGUUGACAGGCACAGCAGCUUCAGUUGAGAACUGCGGUCUACUGGCCUUGACGCGAGUUGGAAGCAGACGAGUCAUCAAGAUUUCAGCUUUGUUCAUGAUCUUCUUCUCGCUGUUUGGAAAAUUUGGGGCAAUUCUUGCAUCUAUCCCAUUGCCAAUUUUCUCUGCACUCUACUGUGUUCUCUUUGCUUAUUCAGCUGCUGCAGGCCUCUGCUUCCUUCAAUACUGCAACCUUAACACCCGGAGAAGCAAGUUUAUACUCGGCAUCUCCUUGUUCCUGGGGCUAUCCAUACCACAGUACUUCCGGGAGUUUGAGACAUUCUACGGCUUUGGACCAGCUCACACACGUUCACUAGCGUUCAAUGUCAUUGUCAACGUGAUAUUCUCCUCGCCCGCGACUGUUGCUGCCAUACUUGCCUACCUUCUCGAUUGCACACACCUCUACUGGGAACCCCAUGUGAGGAGGGACAGGGGCUGGCUGUGGUUGGAGAAAUUCAAGUCCUACAGGCAUGACGGCAGAAGCGAGGAGUUCUACGCUCUACCAUAUGGUAUGAGCAGGUACUUCCCCUCGCUUUAGGGGAGGUAACAGUGCGAGGAUGAAGCGAUGGGAAGUAGAAAUUAGACGGUGAUUCAGGGGAUCAUCAGUAUAUGCAGCAAUAUGUGAUGUUUUGAUUCUAGCAUGCAAAACAUUUUGGAUGAGAAAUGCAGCAUACUCACUGUGAUAUUCGGAUGAGGAUACUCUCAUAUCAACCAAGGGGAGCUAGCAAUGCUUCUACACCAGUUUAACCCUUUUGCUUUUGUCUUGUCUCUGAUUUGAAAUAGCAGAACACAAACAUAGCAGAACACAAACACCUUGUAGCUUGAUUUUAUCGCUGACUGGCAACAGCAGAUGUAUACCUUCCAUGAGGAAUUGGAUUGAGGAAACAGGUAUCAGUCAGUAAAACCAGAAACAGCAGAAUGUAUAGGUUUCAUGAGGAAUUGAAUUGAGGAAACAUGCAUCAGUCGGUAAAUCAGUUAA